CCACACUCCUUGCUUACUCGCCCUUAUAACGGCAGCGGCGAACCCUAACGGCAGCGUCGACGACGAGGAACCGCGUUUAUUUUCCUUUUCCCUGAUUAGAAGAGAAGGACCGAGACUAAGUUCGCACUCGAUCUUCUGCCUGAAAAACUCUCGGUGGAGGUCCUAGUGGUGCAGCGGGCGACUGUAUUGGUGGCGAAGGCGGUGGAGCAAUGUCAUACAGAGCGGAGGACGACUACGACUACCUCUUCAAGGUGGUGCUUAUUGGGGAUUCUGGCGUUGGCAAAUCUAAUCUCCUCUCGCGGUUUACCAGGAACGAGUUCAACCUCGAGUCCAAGUCCACUAUCGGGGUCGAGUUCGCCACCCGAACUAUUCGCGUCGAUGACAAGGUUAUCAAGGCUCAGAUUUGGGACACCGCGGGUCAGGAGAGAUACCGAGCAAUCACAAGUGCAUAUUAUCGGGGAGCUGUUGGUGCACUAGUUGUGUACGAUAUUACUCGUCAUGCAACAUUUGAGAACAUAGAAAGAUGGUUGAAGGAACUAAGGGACCACACUGAUCCCAACAUUGUCAUCAUGCUCGUGGGAAACAAGGCAGAUUUGGGUCAUCUCGGAGCCGUUAGUACUGAGGAUGCAAAGGAUUUUGCAGAGAGAGAGCACACCUUCUUCAUGGAGACAUCUGCACUGGAAUCAUUGAAUGUGGAAGGUGCCUUUACUGAAGUGCUUACUCAGAUCUAUAAUGUCGCUAGUAGGAAGGCACUUGAAGCUGGCGAUGAUUCAGCUGCUUUACCAAAGGGACAGACAAUCAAUGUUGGAAAGGAUGAUGUUUCAGCUGUUAAGAAAGUUGGCUGUUGCUCCACUUAGGUUUACAAAGGAAGCCGCUGAACUUAUGGGAACAGCAACAGUUCACAGGAUUAUGCACUUGUGGCUGGCUUUCCGUUGCUAACCUGCAUGAAUACAAUGGAGGUGAUUCCUGUUGGAACUUUGUCUUGUGUGUUUGAUGCAGCCUUGAGAUGAUUCAAAGUUAGGAUUUAAAACUGGAUUGUUGCUUCAAAAACCUUAUUUUAAUUUCAUAAAAAUUUUGUAGCUAUAAGCAUGUCUGUCGUAACAUUGUGUAGAAUGUGUGAAAUGUUCUCUCAAAACAAUUUCUGUCU